CGCUGACAUCACGCGGCCUGAGGCGGCGGCGCCCCCCGGCUCAGCCCCGCAGCCCCCUCAAGGUAGAGGCGCCGCCGCGGUGCCCGGCGGAGAAUGGUGCGCGCCCUGCAGGCCGCUCCCCGCCGCCUCCGCCGCAGCGCCUCAGCCGAGCGGGCCGCGGCUGGACGCCGACCCCCGCAUCGGGCGUGCGGCCGGCCGGCGCGCUGAGGCGCGGAGACGGUAGCCCGGCGACGCCGCGGUCGCAGCCGUCAUGGGGGCCCUGACGAGCCGGCAGCACGCGGGCGUGGAGGAGGUGGACAUCCCGUCCAAUUCCGUGUACCGCUACCCGCCCAAGUCCGUCUGACAUCAUCUGCUCGGCUGAUUCUCUUUGUUGUCGCUCUCCAGGCAGCUAUUUCGCCAGCCACUUCAUCAUGGGAGGAGAGAAGUUUGACUCCACACAUCCAGAAGGUUACCUGUUUGGAGAGAACAGCGACCUGAACUUCCUGGGAAACAGGCCAGUGGCGUUUCCUUACGCUGCUCCACCUCCCCAAGAACCUGUGAAGACUCUCAGAAGCCUGAUCAACAUCCGAAAGGACACGCUGAGGCUUGUCAAAUGUGCUGAGGAAGUAAAGAGCCAUGGGGAAGAGGCGGGCAAAGCUAAGGUCUACUACAAUGUCGAGUUCACCUUUGACACAGAUGCCCGGGUAGCCAUCACCAUCUACUAUCAGGCCACUGAAGAAUUCCAAAAUGGGAUUGCCAGCUACAUUCCAAAAGACAACAGCCUGCAGUCGGAGACCGUGCACUACAAGCGGGGGGUGUGCCAGCAGUUCUGCCUGCCCUCUCACACUGUGGACCCCUCGGAGUGGGCAGAAGAGGAGCUCGGCUUUGAUCUGGACCGGGAGGUUUACCCUCUGGUGGUGCAUGCUGUGGUGGAUGAAGGAGAUGAGUAUUUUGGCCACUGCCAUGUGCUUCUGGGCACCUUUGAGAAGCACACGGAUGGGACCUUCUGUGUUAAGCCCCUCAAGCAGAAGCAAGUGGUAGAUGGGGUCAGCUACCUCCUCCAGGAGAUCUACGGGAUUGAAAACAAGUAUAACACACAAGAUUCUAAGGUGGCCGAGGACGAAGUGAGCGAUAACAGUGCGGAGUGCGUGGUGUGUCUCUCGGAUGUCCGAGACACUUUGAUCCUGCCCUGCCGUCACCUCUGCCUCUGUAACACCUGCGCAGACACCCUGCGCUACCAGGCCAACAACUGCCCCAUCUGCCGGCUGCCCUUCCGGGCACUGCUUCAGAUCCGAGCUAUGAGGAAAAAAUUGGGCCCUUUGUCUCCAACCAGCUUUAACCCUAUCAUCUCAUCCCAGACAUCAGACUCUGAAGAGCAUUCAUCCUCAGAGAAUAUCCCACCAGGCUACGAAGUGGUGUCUCUCCUGGAGGCCCUCAAUGGACCCCUCACCCCAUCCCCAGCAGUUCCUCCUCUGCAUGUUCUCGGAGAUGGCCACCUCUCAGGAAUGCUACCAUCUUAUGGCAGUGAUGGCCACCUGCCCCCCGUCAGGACGCUGUCCCCCCUUGACCGCCUGUCUGAUUGCAGCAACCAAGGACUCAAACUCAAAAAGAAUCUAUCCAAAUCCGUUUCCCAGAAUUCUUCUGUGCUACAUGAAGAGGAAGAUGAGCACUCUUGCAGUGAGUCGGAGACUCAGCUGUCUCAGAGACUGUCAGCCCAGCAUCCUGAAGAGGGACGUGAUGUGACUCCGGAGAGUGAGAACCUUACCCUGUCAUCAUCAGGGGCUAUCGACCAGUCGUCUUGCACAGGGACUCCGCUCUCCUCUACCAUCUCCUCCCCAGAAGACCCUGCUAGCAGCAGCCUGGCCCAGUCAGUCAUGUCCAUGGCCUCCUCCCAAAUCAGCACUGAUACCGUGUCCUCCAUGUCUGGCUCCUACAUCGCCCCUGGCACAGAAGAAGAGGGAGAGGCUCUGCCCUCCCCCCUGGCUGCCAGCAGGGCUCCCUCAGAAGGAGAGGGGACACCAGCAGAGUCCCCAGACAGCAAUUUUGCUGACCUUCCAGCUGGAGAACAGGAUGCAGAGGGAAAUGAUAUCAUAGAGGAAGAGGAUAGAUCGCCCGUGCAAGAAGAUGGUAAAAGACCCGGCCAGAGGACAUGCGCAUUUCUAGGCACGGAGUGUGACAAUAACAAUGACUUUGACAUCGCAAGCGUGAAAGCACUGGACAAUAAGCUGUGCUCUGAGGUCUGCUUACCCGGUACCUGGCAGCAUGAUGACAUGGUCGACCAUCACAGUGCCCGGUGCCGGCACUUCUCAUCUAGCAGCCUGGAGGACGCGGACCUGGAGGACGCAGACGAGAACAGGCCUGGUGUAUGGGAUCCUUUGGCUGUCUGAGGGCACUUGCACCUGGACCUGGGCUCCCCUCCUGUCCUUGCGUUCCAUCUGUCCUCGCUGGACCACAGGCCUUCUGGGCAUCUUCCACAAGACAUGUGGACUCUGUACUCACAUGGAGGCAGGAUGCGGAGAGCAGCCUUCUGCCAUCCUCAUCUCCUGUAGUCAUGAUCCCUCCCUCUCAGAACCUGAAGCCUUCCUGGUGUGGGCUGAUGCUGCUCAGUGAACUGUAACGCAGCAGCCAAGCCCAGUGGGCCGGUUGAGCUGAGGGUUCUUCCUUUAGCCUCCUCUCCUCUAAGGAGUGACCAAGAAGACUGGGGAGUUUGGGCAACUUUGUUUCAGACUCCCAUGCACAGGUUCUGGUCGCUGGCACCUCAUGACCAAUUAGAAACCUAACUUGAAGUGGUCGGGGUUAGCUCCAGGAGGGAGGUCAUCUGCACUCUGGCCUCACGGAGCACCAGGAGUUCCUUUCUCAAGCCUAAAGGAGAUGGUGGCAGCCAAAGAGUUGGUUGAAAGCCAAAUCUGCUCACAGCCAUUCUCCUGUGCCUCCUGUGCCCCCAGCUAGGAUGAUCACCCUUACAACGCCUUGUCCUCCUCAGGUGCAGUCAGGAAGGCCUGCUGGGCCACCCCUGUGUACAAUGCUAGCUAGGGCUGACCAUCACCAUAGCUCAUCUUCACUGCAGCCAUUGAGAGAGAGGGAGUCUCAAACCCAACUACCCUUUCUCCACCCCCUUUUAAUAGCUGAAAAACUAGGCUAAGCUGUGGACCAGUGGUUCUCAACUUGGUGCAAGGAAUACCAAGGCUCUGAGGCCAGCUGCAGGAUCACCUGGGGACCAAAGGAUUAGAAGACCUCCCUUCCCUAGUGUACUCCUCCCUUGCCUUUGGACCUGAUGGAUGAAAGGGCAUGGGCUCACCAGUGCUUAGAGGUGCCGUCCAGGCAGCGCUCGGACAAAGCCAUGGCAGCAAGCUGGCAGGAAGUUGUUGGGUGUCCCAGCCUUUUCAGCUCAGUGGGCUUCACAUGGCUCUUAAAUGCCUGUUUACUAGCUUUUGGAAAAGGUAGUUGUUUAGUGGAACUUGAGAUGGUUUGGGAUCAGCUUUAGACUUGACAAGUGUGCUUCUACAAAAACUUUCUAAAACACCACUGCCCAGGGUCCUGAGGGAUGGGGGUGGGGAGUGGAGAGUUUGCCCUCGGACUUGCUGCCAUAGCUGGGGUGACCUUGAACUUCUCGUUUUCCUGCUUGUUCUGCCCAAGCGUUAGGAUUACAGACCUGAGCAGCUCUCCUUGUGUGUGGUUGCAGAGACCAGGAGUGUAGAAAUCACACUCCUAGAGGGAGGCUGCUGUCGAGCCCGAGGUGCGAGAGACUGAGUUUGAGACCCCAGGCUCCCUUUCUGAACACUCUGUGGACUCUGCCAUUUCAAAUCCCGCUUGAUGCCCUUCCCCCAGCAUUCUGACGACCCCUUCAACACUAAGGUUUACACCAGUAAAAGCUAAGCAAUAACCACACUUCCUCAAAGAAUGAAGCAAGACCAGGGAAGUUCCCUUAGCAUUGGGGCGAUUGCACACAGACCCACUCCCCUGGCAGGCAGGAGGCAAGCAGUAUUCACAGUGUGGUGUGACCUGGAAGGAGGAGGGAGGUAGCCGAGAUGAAGGAAGUUCAGGUAAACAGUAGCCACAGUGGCCAGGAACUCUCAAAAAAGAAAGAAAAAGCCAUUAUGAUCAGCCCUUCCCCCUUCCUCACAGCAAGUGCUCAGUUGGCCUAAGCCCCAUGAACCAGUAUGUAAGGCUAGAGCGCCCAUCACUCUGCCUUGAUCUUCCUGCCCCCUCACGCUAGCCCACCCACAGGGGUGGACCUCCAUCAGCUGCUACACUCAACACGGUCCAUCAUUUGUCUGAGAGUAGGGUGGGGGCCUUCUCCUUCAAGGCCUUUGGCUCCUCACCACACCACCACCUCAUUUUUCUUGCUCUGGGUUCUACAGUGAUCUUAGUAUCCUCAAAGAGCCUCUUUGCUUUACCUAAUUUCAUCCCUCCCAGAGUUGAUACCCACUGGGGCAUCUCCUGGACCCAAACACUAAGCCAUCUAUUUCACUGGGGAGCUAGUCCUGUCUACCUGGUGUUGGCAUGCUGGUUGCUCACUUUUAGGGCCUGCACGCCUGGUGUGUGCAAGUAUGUGUGUGUGUGUGUGUGUGUGUGCGCGCGCUGUUUGUGCCGUCUGUGUGCCCUUCACACUGCCUGGAGUACACUUGUUGGCACACUACAGUGGGGACAUCAAGAUGCAAUAUUUAUGGAUUGCUGCAUGAUGCUUCAAAAUGAAUAAAACUGUGUACAAGGGAAAGGGGA